GUUCAGCAUGAGUGCUGACAAAAAGAUUGCGCCGGAGCAGUCUCCGUUUCUGGAAGACAAGCAGCAAUUAAAUUUAGAAUAUCAGCAAAAGUGCACAAAGGAAAACAAAGAUGUGUCCUGUGGCUUUUGGAUAUUCAAAGGCGCUUUUAUGCAAACGCUGGCAACCGAAAAAAUGUUUGUAAUUAUUCAUGGACUAGGCGGUUUGGUUGUAUCCAUGGGACUUGCCUACUUUAAUGGCACGAUAUCGACAUUGGAGAAGCGCUAUAAAAUAUCCUCGGAACUAUCAGGCAUUAUAAUAGGUGGUAAUGAUAUAGGCUCGGUGCUAACAUCUGCCAUUGCGGGCUAUUGUCUAAGCAAGGCGCAUAGACCACGCUGGAUGGCUUUUGGCUACUUUACUUAUGCCAUAUUCUGUUUGUUAACCUGUUCGCUACACUUUAUUUAUGGCGCUGGCGCGGAUGCUUUGCAGUUAACACAAGAAUUUGGUGGCUUUAAGAACGAAAGUGACUUUUUAAAAAGUUCACAAGGCGAUCAAAAGCUUUGUUUGAGUCAUGCAGCCAAUUGCAAAAAGGAGGAAGGACUUUGGGUGCCGCCUUUGAUUUUAUAUGUAGCGCAGCUUAUAGCGGGCAUAGGCUUGUCUAUGUUUUGGGUAGUGGGUGUUGCUUAUAUGGAUGAUAAUACGUCCAAAUCAAAGUCGCCCAUACUGCUGAGUGUCUCGGGAUUUUUGCGCACUUUGGGUCCAGCUUUGGGUUACUGUUUAGCUUCUGUUUGCCUGCGCUACUUUAUUGAGCCUUAUUUGCAUCCCAUAAUAACACCCAAGGACUCACGCUGGCUGGGCGCCUGGUGGCUGGGUUGGCUUAUCCUCGCUGUGCUUGCGCUGCUCUUUGCCCUGCUCAUGUACAUGUUUCCCAAGGAGCUGCCCAGCACGCGUGAGCGCCGCUUAAAGGAGAUCGCAAGUGGCAAGCACGAGCACAUAGAGCAGAAGGAGCUCUCCUUUGGCGAUAUGUGCGCCUCCAUCAAGCGCUUGAUGAGCAACAAGAUUUACAUGUACAACACCAGCGCUUCGCUGUUUUACUUCUUUGGCUAUUUGGCCUACUGGAUCUAUACGGCCAAGUAUAUUGAAAUUCAAUAUAGACAGUCGGCAGCGGUAGCUUCUAUGGCCACAGGCAGCAUUGCCUUGGCUUUCUCCGCCUUGGGUGUUAUACUGUCCGGCAUUAUUGUGUCCAAGCUUAAGCCCAAAGCGCGCUCCUUAGCUGCAUGGAAUGGCAUGGUGGACUUUGUUACCUUGGCUGGCGUCGUUAUUUACAUUUUCAUUGGCUGCAGCGAUAGCGACAAGCUAACAUCACUUUCCAGCUCAACUAGCAGCUGCAGUGCCUCCUGCCAUUGUGAGUAUGUGCACUAUGCGCCCAUCUGCGCUCCUGGCAAUGUCACCUAUAUAUCCGCCUGCCAUGCCGGCUGCACUGGCAAAAGCAAGGAUCCAACUGGACUCAACAUGUACACCGGUUGUGACUGCAUGCCGCUGCCCAAUUUUACAAACAGCAGCAAUCAGCAAUAUGCAUAUGAUGGCGCCUGUCCUGUAGACUGUCAAAAUCAGUUUUAUAUGUUUCUUGCCGUCAUGUGCAUGCUAAAGCUAAUCGGCUCCAGCGGCAGAACCUCCAAUAUGCUCAUAUCACUGCGCUGCGUUUCGCCUGCGGAUAAAACCUUUUCACUUGGACUCAAUGCUGUGCUGAAUUGUCUUUUAGCCUUUUUGCCCAGUCCCAUUGUGUUUGGCAAGCUUAUGGACAAGUAUUGCAUUGUCUGGGGCAAGACCUGCAGCACCAAGGGCAACUGUUGGCUCUACGAUACGGCAGCCCUUAGAUACACAUUUAAUUUCGCUGUGGCUUGUUUUCUGUUUGUUGCCUGCUGCUUGAACAUGGGCGUUUGGUACAAUGCCAAGAAUCUUAAAAUAUUUGAUGAGAAGCCGCCGAAAAACAAUGAGAAUGAGGAUGAUUUGAAUUUAGCAGCAAUUGGUGAUAUAGUUAAAACGCCCUUACAAUUAGAAGAUCCUUAAGCUUAUAUAUGCAGUAUUUCGAGUUUAAGUAUAAGUUAUCUUAAUGGUGUUUAUCAGCUCAAAAUAAAAGCAGUCAUUGUGAAACGAUUGAAUUUUAUAAAGAUA